CUUCUUCUUCUUCACCCUCAGCACCUCUCCGGUCGACGGGCUCUCUCUGCCCUUCCAGCUUCCGCACUUAUUGUCACAGCUCUCCCGAUGGAUCUAAUCAUAUUACCGGUUUUAUUCUGCCUACAUGUAGCCGCUGUUAACUGUAACCGGCCGUUAGCGGACGUUGUCGUCGAUCGGUUAGAGAUACCGAGAGUUUGUCCUCGAGAAGUGCAAACAGAAGAUUUUAUCCGUUAUCAUUUUAACGGUACCUUCUAUGCGGACGGGAAAAAGUUUGACUCCAGUCAUGACCGAGGCAAAGCCUUCAUCAGCCAGGUGGGCCUGGGCAGACUGAUCACAGGGAUGGACCGUGGUCUCCAGGGCAUGUGUGUCAAUGAACGCAGGAGGAUCACAAUCCCACCACACCUGGCCUAUGGAAGCAUCGGCACAGGUGGUAUAAUCCCUCCUGAUGCAAUGUUGGUGUAUGAUGUUCUCCUGCUGGACAUCUGGCACACAGAGGACAAGGUCGACAUCCGCAGACUUGACAAACCUGCAGGCUGCAACCGCACCACUGUGGCGUCAGAUUUUAUCCGGUACCACUAUAACGGCACCCUGCUGUCUGGUAAAGCCUUCGACUCCAGUUAUUCGAGGAAUGCAACCUAUGACACCUACUUGGGACAGGGCGACCUCAUCAAAGGCAUGGACGAGGGUCUUCUGGGCAUGUGUGUCGGGGAGAGAAGGGUCAUCAUCGUCCCACCAUUCCUGGCGUAUGGAGAGGCUGGCCAUGGAACUGAGGUCCCUCCUCAGUCCACGCUGGUGUUCGAGGUGCUGCUGGUUGACAUGUUCAACCCUAAGGAUGAUUUGAUUGUAGAGGUGAAGGAGGUUCCUGCAGGCUGCAACCGCAGGACUGUGACUGGAGAUUACAUCCGCUACCACUACAACGGCACCUUCCAGGACGGCACAGCCUUCGACUCAAGUUACCAGCGAAACAGCACCUAUAACACUUAUAUCGGCAAGGGAUAUGUGAUCCGAGGGAUGGACAAAGCCUUGCAGGGGCUGUGCAUGGGAGAGAAGAGAAAGAUCCUCAUCCCUCCUCACAUGGCUUACGGCGAAGACGGAGUCAGAGACCUCAUUCCCAGCUCUGCUGUGCUGGUCUUUGAUAUUCACGUCAUCGACUUUCACAACCCCAAAGACUCAGUUGAAAUUAAAGUUACCCACAAGCCUCAGGAAUGCAAAGUAACCAGUGAAGCUGACGAUUUGAUUCAGUACCGUUAUAACUGCUCCUUGAUGGACGGCACCCUGCUGUACUCCUCGGACCAGUACGACUCACCUUCCAUCACGACUCUCGGGGCGAACACAGUGAUCCCGGGUCUGGAGGAAGGUUUGAUUGGCAUGUGUUUGGGUGAGAAGAGGGAGGUGGUCGUUCCACCGCACUUGGGACAUGGUGAAAAUGGAGCUGGAGAAGUCCCCAGGAGUGCAGUGCUCUUCUUCGAGCUGGAGUUAGUGAGGCUGCAGAAGGGUGUGCCUGAAGGCUACAUGUUUGUGUGGCUGGGAGACGGUCCAGAUCCACUCUUUCCUGCUAUGGACCUCAACGGUGACAAAGAGGUUCCACUAGAGGAGUUUUCAGACUUCAUCAUGCUCCAGGUUAAAGAGGACAAAGGUCGUCUCCGGCCGGGGAUCGAUGCCAACAGCAUCAUUGAGGACAUGUUCAAUAACCAGGACCAAAAUAAAGACGGCAAGAUUGUAGAAGACGAACUGAGGCUUCAGGGGGGGGACGAGUCUGAACAAGUGAGGAAAGACGAGCUGUAAAAGGGACAGUAUUUUAUUUUUGGGAAGCACCGGGCAUUCAGUUGCUGAGGUUAUAUUGUCAUCUCAGAAACUGCUGUGUAACUAUUUGUGAAAAUGUGAGAUUGAAACAUUGUCGAGCUUUGAUUUUAUGGCAGUAAGACAGUUUUCUUUGCCAAAUUCUUGUUGAAAUAUGUUGUGCACCAGAAACCGAUGUUUGAAACGUGUCAAAGCGAGAAAAAAUGUUCUGUGUUGAAAUUGUGUUCUGUUGAAGAAAAAAAGCCAUAUUUGACUGAAAUAUUUACAUUGAACUACCGAAAAAGGCAUUUGGGCUGGGCCCUCCCUCCAGAAAAUGACUUUACAAAAUGAAUGCAUUAAUCGAUGCAGUGCCUUAUGAAAAGAUGAACCCAUUGGUUGUACAGUAUGUUUGGCAGUGGCUAGUUUGUACAAUAAAAAAAAAAUCUAUUUUAGAAAAUAAUAUAACAAAGUGUGUUGUGGAACUACGGAAGCCCUGAAAGGCGAGGUGAAUUUUAAUUUUUUUUCGGGCAUUGUUAGCCAAAAAAGUUUUGGCGUACCUAUAACAUUUUGUUUUUGUCGAGAUAACACUUUGGUUUUGGUCGGAAAAACUUUGAGGCUUAAUUCACUAACUCCAUAAAACACUUACUUUUCAUAAGGCAUGCACACCAUCCAGCACAUACACAUUGAACAUUGAUAUUCGCUGAAAACUAUUUGAAUAUUAUUGGAAAAUCAAAUCUUGUAGCACACUUUAAAAGUCCGAAAGAUAGGUAGGCUAAAUAGACUUACAGAUGAGAUGAGUCAGGCGUGGAAAUCCAGAGCAAAUUGGCGGCAAUCUCCGUGUCUGAGCAUGGAGGCAAACCAGGAAGUGCCUUAAGCCUGCAUUCUACCGAAAAUUCCAGUAGGGGGUGCUAAGUUUGGCUGCAAAAAAAAAAUCUGUCCAUUCAUUUCAGUGCCAAAUGAGAAAACUACUUACUUGAUUUAUUACCUCAGAAUUUUUUUCUAGGACACUAUGAACAGAACAGAUAGAACACUAUGGUCUCAAUCGCUAGUAAAAAACAAUAAACAAUAAUUUUUUUUCAUUAUUUUCUUAAAAAAAAAUUUGUUUGUUUUUUAAUUUUUAAUAUUAAAUAUUUUAAUAUAUUUUUUCGAUUCUGCGCAUGCGCGGCUUUCCCGGCGCUCUGCGCAUGCGCAAACUUUUUAACUUAAAAAGAAAAAUUAAUGUAAAAAAAAAGUUAAAAAAACAAGUAAAGAAGUAAAAAAGACAGUGGUGGACGAAGUGUUCAGAUCCUUUACUUCAGUAAAAGUACUAAUACCACACUGUGAAAUGACUCCACUCCGCUCAUUUUAACUACCUAAUAAACUUUUCAGUGGUUUAAUUUAUAAAAAUGGGUAAUCAUUUUAAAUGUAUCAUGUUUGUAAUUUUAAAUCUUGACCUGAAAAGUAACUAAAGCUGUCAGCUAAAUGUAGAGGAAUAAAAAGUACAACAUAUGUCUCAAAAUGUAGUGGAGUAGAAGUAUAAAGUUACAUAAAAGUACCUCAAAAUUGUACUUUAAGUCCAGUACUUGAGUAAAUGUACGUAGUUACUUUCCACCAUUGCUACCUGCCUCUUCUAACUUAUACAUAUCAGUUAAGAGUCCUCCUUCAGACACUGUAUGAGGAUUAAAGGGAUAGUUUGUGCAUUAUUAUACAAAACUUGGUACAAUUAUUGUCAAUGCCCUCCUGAGGAUAACCCUUUAAGGUUUUAUUGAUCGGCCCCUAGGUGGCACUGUGGUGGCAGUCUAAUUUCAUAUUUGGUACCGUGGCCACACUAUAACACUUAAGGCAAUGAAAUUCAUAGGGGUGGUAUAGACUGGCCCCUGUAACGCACACACCCCGACGGCAGCAUGCCCUGACACGCGUGUACUGCGAGGGCCCGUUAGGUACUGCGCGCAGUCCUAGUUAGUAAUGCGUUUAGAAAAAAGACCACAUUACCAUUCUAAAGCAUUUUUAGGCAUACCAUAGUAUGUCAUUUUUGUCACAAAAGGCCAAAUCUUAAAAUGCCUAAACUGGUCUAAUAUUUAUAGUCUGUAUAGUCCCUUUCAUUACCAUAUUUUACUAUGACUUUCUUUUACGCCAUACUACACUAUAACCUGUAUUUUAUGGCAUACUAUAAUGUGACAUUUUGCAAUUGAUAAUAAUGAGACAUUGCGAUCAGAAAGACAUGUAAACACAUUUUAUUUCAGACAAGUUGGAACAUAUAAAGAGGUAAUGACAAUGAAGAUGUAGAAAAAUUGCUGACAGAUUGUGGAACACAGUGCAGAUUGUCCACAAUUUACAACAGAACUGUUUAUUCUUGAAAAAUGUUAUUGAGCUCCAGUUAUUAAGUUUGAUGAACCUUGUUUGUUCCAUUACAGAAACAGUAUUUUGACUCCACAGUUAAAAUGACUUAAGUUAAAAGCAUGUCAAAUACUAACAACAUUGUAAAAACCCUGUUAUUUUGUAUUUCUUUUAAAUUCUGUGACACUUCUGAGGUAGCAUUUAGUUUUUGCAAUUAAUGUGACCUCUUCCAUACUUAACAAAAUGGAGCUAUGUAUUUUUAAUUCUAUUUACCAAUUUAUUUUACUCUUAAAAGUCAGGUGUAGUUAUCAUAAAUUAGCACUUGAUAGCACUGUGAUGUUACACGAGAAAAACAACAGUGUUUGAACACAGUAACAUUUGUUAAA